CAUAAAACGAUCCUAUAAAAGUUAGAAACGACUUUACAACAUUAUUUAAAUAUGAAAUUAUCUAUUUGAAACUAUUACAGUAUUGUCAAUUAGGUUAGGUUCAUUUCUAAAUAUUUUCAAAUUGUCUGCGUACAUUGCUACGUGUAAUCGACAGUGGUUUUUCGUAAACUGCUAAUAAGAAUCAAUUGAAUUCUUAUGAAGUAACAAAUGAAUAUAAAGUAGUAAUUUCUAGUGAAAUGAAAAGUUAUUAUCGAAAGGUUAUCAGGCCUGAAAUUUUUGUUAUGUAUUGCGAUUAUUUUGUCGAAUUCUUUGAUAACGAAUGCGUUUCCGUCAUUCUUUAAGAGUGCACUAAUAUUUAGUGUGUUACUUUAUCGUAUUACUAGAUAAAAAAAAUGCAUUUGUCUAAGAGCAGUAAAAUGUUAUCAAUCUUAAUAGUAUGGAGAUUAGUUUCUGUGUUUUUUGUACAAACUGCCCAUGUACCGGAUGAGUAUUGGCAAUCUUUAGAAGUGGCUCAUCGAUUAGCAUUUGGAUAUGGAUAUCUCACGUGGGAAUGGAUCGCAAAAAUUCGCAAUUACAUCUAUCCAUUCUUGAUAUCUAUCAUCUAUCAGAUAUUGGCAUUGAUAUCUUUGGAUAACGUACUGAUUUUAACAGUAUUACCACGGAUGCUUCAAGCUAUUAUCAGUGCUUAUGGAGAGUACAAAUUUUACGAGUGGACAAAAAACAAAUGGACAUUGUACAGUUUAUGCUUGAAUUGGUACUGGUAUUAUUGUGCCACACGUACAUUAGUAAAUACUGUAGAAACUGCCUGUACUAUGAUAGCUUUAUCGAUAUUUCCAUGGCGUGACAGUAAUAUUAAAAGUAUAAACUUCCUAUGGAUUGUAGGGUUUCUAUGUAUGAUAAGGCCUACUGCUGCUAUUAUAUGGUUGCCAUUAUGUAUUUAUCAUUUAUGCACAAGUUUGCAAGAUAAGUUAACUUUAAUAUGCCGGUAUAGUGUCAUAUGCAUAGUUUGUUGUUUAAGUUCGAUAUUAGUAGAUACUUACUGUUAUGGAACAUUAGUUAUUUCACCUUGGGAGUUUUUCCAUGUUAAUGUACUUAACAAAAUUGGAGAUACAUAUGGAACACACCAUUUAUUGUGGUAUAUUUUUUGUGGAUUACCAGUACUUUUGGGGUUAUAUUACAUUGUCUUUUUAUUAUGUAUUUGGCAAAUAAUCAAACACCCUGUUUGUUUUCAUCGUCAAGCAAUUAUGUUAAUUGUCAUUGGAUGGACACUUUGCAUUUACUCUUUAUUAUCUCAUAAAGAGUUUAGAUUUUUAUUGCCUCUAUUACCAAUGUUAAUAUAUAUAUGUACUUCCUGUACAUUCAGUUUACAUGUAAAAUUUGUAAAAGAGGCAAGACAAAUUUUUAUACUAUUAUUAAUAGUUAGUAAUAUUAUUCCUGGUUUCUACUUUUGUAUGGUACAUCAGCGUGGAUCUUUAGAUGUAAUGAAGGUCCUUCAUAAGGAAGCUGUCAAUGCUGACAAUACAACUAACAUAUUAUUCCUAACUCCUUGUCAUUCAACACCUUUGUACAGCCAUUUACAUGUAAAUGUACCCAUAAAAAUAUUGACUUGCGAACCUAAUUUAAACAAUUCUAUAAAUUAUAUAGAUGAAGCAGAUGUAUUUUUUGCUGACCCAAUGUAUUGGCUUAAUCUUAACUACAAUACGAACAAAAAUGCUGUAACACCUAGCCAUGUGGUAAUAUUUGAUAACAUUUCCUUAAAGAUAGAACACUUUUUGGAGCAUUAUCAACUUAUGGCUGAAGUGUUUUAUACGCAUUUUCCUCCAUCGAAUUAUGGAAAUAACAUUUAUGUAUAUAAACACAAAUAAAAAUGUUGAAAUUGGCUUUUAGGA